AUGUCUGCUCAAGGUGUUUGUUCAAUGAUGCUGGGACUCGUCCAACUUCUGCUGCCAUUCUUCGUGGUUGUCCAGGGCUACACCGAAUGUAAGUGGGGCUUACAUGGCGAGCACUGCAACCUAACAUGCCCCCAGAACUGUGCCCUUCUUCCUCCACUUGAUCUUCCCUACUGUGACACUGACACAGGGAAGUGUUCUGAGGGAUGCCAGCGUGGUUGGCAUGGUGAUCUGUGUAAUCAAGACUGCAGCGGGAACUGUCUAGGACAGACAUGCAACCAUCAAACUGGGCACUGCACACUUGGCUGCAGUGGAACUAACGCUGGACAUUUCUGUAAUGAUACUCGAGACUGUAGUCGUGGCUGGUAUGGCGAUAUCUGUCAACACCCCUGCAGCAUCAACUGUCUGGAGGAAAGAUGCAACCACACAACUGGAGUCUGUAUACUUGGCUGCAGUGGGACUUACACGGGGGAGUUUUGCAACACUACAAAAGUUGUGAACAACAAGGAAGACACAAACAGCCUGGAUGCCGUACUGGAACUUUUCUCACUGAAUGCAGCAGUCGCAGCCACAGUCGCAGGUGCAGUCACACUCACAGUGACAUUCACAGUCAUUUUGUUCUUAAGGAGCAAGAUUGCAUGA